UAUAAUUAAUUUUAUGUCUAUUAUAAUUCCAAUAUUUGUAUGAUUUCUUUUUUGUUAGAAUACUAAUGUACUAAAAUUGUGCUUUCCAUUUUGAGAGAAAUUUUUUUUUAUUUAUCAAAUAAAAUUUAUAAAAAUUGGAGAGAUUAAGAAUUCUUUUAAAAUAAUUUUUUAUUCUUUUCCACAUUUAUGAACCUUAUUUAUACAUUAAGGAUAAAACUAUUUUUAACUAUUGGUACGUGCUUAUAUACUCUUCUGUUUUGUGUGUAUAUAUAUAACUUCAUCAUCCACCACCUCCUAAAUACGCUUCUGUUGCCGUCAUCUUCUUUGGCUUUUUCAAUUAACUUGUCUUCUUACUAGAGACUGUGACUGUGUCUGUGAACAAGAAGAACAUCCAUGGCUUCCUCUAGAUUCCAAAAAAACAAGCGUUCUCGUUCCUCUGUGAUCCGUUUCUUCAAAAUUGUUCUCAGACAUAGCCUUGAAGAUGGAAAGCUUAAGGUACCAAAAAUGUUCAACAUGAAACAUGGUCGCGGUGUUCCAAAUCCAGUGUAUCUGAAGCCUCCAGAUGGCACUGCAUGGAAGAUAGAUUGGUCUGAGUAUGAUGGUGCCAUUCUAUUUGAAAAUGGUUGGAAAGGAUUUGCUUCGUAUUACUCUCUGGAUAAUGGCCAUGUGCUGUGGUUUGUGUACAAUCAAACUUCUAACAUUGAAGUAUACAUUUUUAACAGGACUUGCCUUGAAAUAGACUAUCCUUCCUUGGAUCACAUCAGCGAUGACGAUUCGAUUGAGAUCUUGAAUGAACAGCCCCCACGAGGCUGGCCGAGGAAAACAGAGAAAGCAGCACCAAAGACACCAUCUGCUUCUACAAGCAAAAUGGUCACAAGUUCUGCCAAAACUAAAGUAGUGAAAGGGUGCCCUGAAAGAAACUAUCCUUCCAAGGACCACAUUGAUGAUGUCAACAUGGUUAAGGUUGAGAAUGAACCGCCACGAAGAGGCAGAGGCCGGCCGAGGAAAACAGAGAAAGCAGCACGAAACAAACCAUCUCCUUGUACAAGCAAAAAGGUCACAAGUUCUGCCAAGAAUAGAGUAGUGAAACGGUGCCCUGAAAUAGGCUAUCCUUCCAAGAACCACAUUAACAAUGACAACAUGGUUAAGGUUGUGAAUGAACCGCCACGAAGGGGCCGAGGCCGGCCGAGAAAAACAGAGAAAGCAGCACCAAAGAAACCAUCUGCUUGUACAAGUAAAAGGUUCACAAGUUCUGCCAAUACUAGAAUGGUGAAAUGGUGCCCUGAGAUAGACUAUCCUUCCAAGGACCACAUUGAUGAUGACAACAUGGUUAAGGUUGAGAAUGAACCGCCACGAAGAGGCCGAGGCCGGCCGAGGAAAAAAUUGAAAGCAGCAGUAGAAGUAUCAUCUCCUUCUACAAGUAAAACAUUGUGGAGUUCUGUCAAAACUGGAGAUGUAGAGAAGGGCCCUGAUAAACAAAACUGGAUGCUGUGUUGCAAGAAUGAAGAAGCUAGUCAAUCUGAAGAGACAGGUCUUAAGAUGCCAACAAUUCCAAGUGCCAGUGUUGGUCCUGAUAGUAUGUAAUUUCAUGAUCAAGUCAUCCUUUUAUUUUUGUAGUUUCUAAUGUAUUGCUUUGUGGCUAAAUUGCAUAAAUCAUAGUUACAAAUUCACCAAAUAGGUAGCGUAUGCAUAUUGCAUACCAUACCAGAACGUAUUGCAUUUCAUGUAACUAUGCAAUAACUAUCUUAUUGUUCUUUGUCUGUGUUCAAAUUUCGUUCAAAUGAAUAAAAAUUACUGUGUUGUUUGAGCUUGUUUACAGAGAA